CCUGGCUCUUUACUUCCUCUUGGCCUAUCUCACUUCCUGUAAAACUCUAAAGAGUGUUGCUUAUCUUGAUGGAGUGCAAAAAGCCCUCUGGGGCUAGGGGCAGGAAGAAGCCUUGAAUGUGUUUGCCUUGAGAACUAAAAGCAGCGCAUUUUCAGACUCAGCCCACACUGAACUGACCUCCAGGUUUCUGGGAGGCCAGGGGUGUGUGACCCACAAAAAGACUAGAAGUGAUUGCCCUGGGGUGGGCCCUUUCUAAGGAGAGGAGUCUCCAAGACAUCACCCCAGCAAAGAGGAGAAGGAAGGCAUGAAUUGGGAGUUACAGGCUGUUACUAUACCUGGACUUUUGGGAAGAUAUCUGGCGGGAGCGAAUCCUGCUGGCUAAACUUGUCACCUGAGAUGCUCUUCCAGGACAGCGUGGUAUUCAACAACACCAGUACUCCACGGUGGGAUGACAUCACCUAUAUCAUCAUGGAGGUUCUCAUCGGACUCUCUGCUGUGGUGGGCAAUGUGCUGGUCAUCUGGGUGGUCAAGUUGAACCCCAGUUUGCGGACAACCACCUUCUAUUUCAUUGUCUCCCUGGCCCUGGCUGACAUUGCAGUUGGGAUACUGGUCAUACCUUUUGCCAUUGUCAUUAAUCUGCACUUCCCAAUGCACUUCUACAGCUGCCUUUUCAUGUGCUGUGUGCUGCUGAUCUUCACCCAUGCCUCCAUCAUGUCCUUGUUGGCCAUUGCUGUGGACAGAUAUCUGCGGGUCAAGCUCACUGUCAGAUACAAGACAGUCACUACUCAAAAACGUAUAUGGCUGGCCUUGGGCCUCUGCUGGCUGGUGUCCUUACUGGUGGGAUUAACCCCUAUGUUUGGCUGGAAUGGGAAACUGACCUCAAAGGAAUUCCAAAACGUCACCGUUUGUUCUUUCAGUCGUAUUAUCAGUAUGGAGUACAUGGUCUUCUUCAGCUUUUUCACCUGGAUCUUCAUCCCCCUAGUUGUCAUGUGUGCCAUUUAUCUGAACAUUUUCUACGUCAUCCGGAACAAACUCAGUCAGAACCUUUCUGCCUCCAAAGAAACGGGCGCAUUUUAUGGACGGGAGUUUAAGACAGCAAAGUCCCUUUUUCUGGUUCUCUUCUUGUUUGCUCUGUGCUGGCUACCUUUGUCCAUCAUCAACUGUGCUCUCUACUUUAAAGUCAAGAUAACAAAAGAUGUGCUAUACCUGAGCAUCCUCCUGUCUCAUGCUAACUCCAUGAUGAAUCCUAUCAUCUAUGCUUGUAAAAUAAAGAGGUUCAAAGAAACCUGUUUUUUGAUCCUCAAAGACUGUAGAGUCUGCCAGCUUUCUAAUUCCUUGGACCCAAACAUUGAACAAAUUUCUGAGUAGUUAUUCAUGAGAAAAGAUUCUUCAUCUCAAUAACCUUCAGAUUCAGUCCGAGUGGACACUAUGGACCUAUCCUUCUGGAUUGUAUUAUGAACGUUGCUUCCUCCUAUUGAGGUGGGAGCACUUCCCUGGUUGCCUGCAAGUGUAUCUUCACUAAUACCUUACAUCUCCACUUCUGAGUUUUUUGUUGUUCUCUACUAAUCCAACUUUUUGGAGGCCUGAUUUCAGGACAAUGUAUUUUGCUAGUAGUGAAUGUGUUCCUCCUCCCCAAACAGAAUGAGAAGUCAAAUUUGGAGGGUGUCUUAUUGAGUUAGCGAUGAAAGCUUCUAACUGAACUGUGAUGGCAACAGUUGCAGUAAAGAGCCUGCUCUCGGAGAAUUCAGCAAACUGAGCCUAAUGGGGGCUUAAACUGCUGAUUUACCUGCCCAUGUAUUUGAGUAAAUAAAAGAUGAUAUCUAACUCUUGUGUAGCUCUUUACAGAGAUCCCUCGAAGUUUGAAGACCCAGCUUGCUGCUCUUGGCAUUCGAUCUGCUUGCUACCCAGAGCCAGAUGGAAUGCUCAGUUUCUUACUCCUUGACCCCGAACCUUUUGCCUUUUGUUCCUGGGCUGAUCAAAGCAUUUGUCAUUUUUAUCAACCACUCAUCUACUAUUAGACAGUUGUAAUUAUUGACCCUGGUGUUUCAUUAAUAGAUGUAUCACUAGUGGGUGGAAGGCAAAAAAAAGAGACUCCAGUACCCUGGGAGGCUGAGGCAGGAAGAUCACAAGAUUGAAUCCAACUUGAGCAACUUAUCAACAUACAAGAACCUGCCUCAAAAUAAAAAAAUAAAAAGUAAAGGUGGUAAAUCAAUCUUUAAUUUUUAAAUUCAAUCCCUAGUACUGGUGGUGGGGGAGAGGACAAUGGACAGUUAAUAUUUUUGAACAUUUUCUAUGCACUAACCAUUUUGUGUGCACUGUCUUCUUGACAGUGAGAUAGGUUACCAUGAUUAUUUUUAUCUCCAGAAUCAAAAUCUGAUGGAUAGAGAAGCUACAUAGCUUGUCCAUUGUUUACACAGGUAAGUAGAUAUAGGCUCAGCUCUGCCACGUGGGAAAACUUAAGCUUCUUGUCACCUAUUCUAAGACAUUUAAAAAGAGGUUUGUUAUUUCCAAGUUCACACUCUGAAGCUUAUCUUAUGUACAAUUAAUAGAUGGUUCAAGCUACAUUGUGCAUACUUCAGUAUUUCUGGGAGUUUACCUUAACUACUAUUGCUGAUUUCUAAUAAAUCAGGAUACUUUCCAGUGUAAAUUGUCAGUCACAUCAUUUGAGUAUCAAGUGGCUCCAGGCGUUUGAGGUGACAUCCCUGGAUUGGCCUACCCAAGUUUGCAACUGUAUGUGAAUUCUCAUUCCCACGACAAUGUAUUAACUUAAUGAAAACAGCAAGAUGUGUACACCAAUUAGACAAAGAGAAUAAGGAUACUAAAAUAAAAUUAACCAGGCGUGGUGGUGCAGGCUUGUAAUCCCAGCGCUUGGGAGGCUGAGGCAGGAGGAUUUCUGUGAGUUUGAGACCAGCUUGGGCUACAAAGUGAGUUCAAGCCUAACCUGAGCUACAUAGUAAAACUCUGUCUCUAAAAAGAAAACAAAAGCAAAAAUCCAGGAAUUAAUUCUUUGCUGUUCCUACAAGUUUGUUCUAAACCUAGUCCUAACCCAGGGGCUGAUAAUCAAAUUUAUGUCAUUAACAUUUCAUUUCAGCAAGCGGUCCUUCUUUCUCCUUUUGUCAGCCCAGACAAAAAUCAGGAAGUUGAACCCCCGCCUUCCUUACUUUUUGUUUUUAGCGUGCAAACAUAUACCCCAGUAAGAGGUCCUGGGUUUGUGCUAGGGCUCAGUUUCCUAGUAAUCUGUGCACCAUGCCUCUUAAUUUACAAUAUCUAACCCAGUUGCUAUAGUAACACUUAAUGCCUAUCCUUUUUUAUUAAAUUUGGAAACUUAAAAUGACCACUUCUGGCAAGGCAGAAUGACCAUCCUUUGGUGUCAUUAGUCAAGCUGUAACUCUUGGGUUUCACAACUGCUUUUAAUUCCCCCACCCCAACUUUCUCUUCCUUUUUUUCUCUGAUUGUUGCUGAUGGCUUUCAGGGAGCUGCAUUUUUGUUUUGUGUCUGUCAAAUUGGAAUCUGCUGAGAUGAUAUUUCAUCAGCCCAGAAGUGACCUUAGAGUAAAAUCAUCUUCUUUAAGUGAACUCAAAAAAGAUGAACCAAAAGUCAUCAGUGAGGAGACUGACUUAAAGUUAGGACCAUCAUGGUUUCAGGGUUAGAGAUUAGUGUCACAGGAAUCUCCCUAUGAACCCCUCUUCUGGCUAGUUCCCUCUUAGCCAAAUGCUAAAGGGAUAGCGGCGCCCUUUAUUCUAAGGGACUAGGUAAAAAGACUACCCAGCUAAAACUGAAGUUUGCUUCCUUAGUUUCCAGUUCAUCUUGUACUUUCCCUCCUUCAGCCUUGGAAUCAGUCAUCCUGGUUCCUUUUGGUGGAGAAUAAUACAGAGAAGCAAACUUUGUGUGCUUCAAGUACUCUGUGAUAUAGGGGUAUUGCUGUUCUCAGGCUUUUUCAGUAGACAGACAGAGCUAGAAAAUACAUCUACAUCCAAAGGAUGACCAAAACCUAAGUGAAGAAAUUAGAGCCUCAUGUGAAGAAGCUGGAGCAAAGGUAGGUGCUGACUAACCAGAUUUAUUUGUAUUUUUUUUUAAUUAAGUCAACUGUCUGGAAAUAAGUGAAAACCAACCUCCUAAAAAUAGUAAAGCCACUUUAUUCUAAACUUGUUGUAUCAAGAAAUCCAGCUACCGUCACUGGCAUUUGAUAGAAUUAGGAAUGCUUUACAAAGGUGGUAAUAGAUAAACUCAGCUACAUUAAAAUUUUAGCAAGUUUAAAAGAGCAAGGAUUCAUGAAUUAGGCAGCACCAGGCAUUAAUUCAACACUACACUGAGAGACUCAAGAUGCUAGAGUCAACCUGAUGGUCUCCAAUUAAUUUUUUUUUACCCAGGUCCCUAAUGCUGAGCUACAUUCCCAUCCCUUUAAAAAGAAAAAUAUUAAAGAAAAUUAAUAUAGAGUCUCAUUAAGUCACUAAGUUGACCAGGAAAGACGAUCUAAUUUGCAAUCUUCCUGCCUCAGCCUUCUGAGUACUGCUUUAUAUCUAGCUCCAAUUAAUUCUUUUUUUAACAGAGGGAAAAGAGAGGAAGGUUUCUGAUACAUCCCGAUUGGAAGCUGUUGGCAUGGGGAUUUUGUAAGGAGAGACUGGAUGUGAUUGGUUGAGGGUCUAUAUCUCGAUGAUCCUCAAUUGGAAGUGGGAACAAAAACUAGGGAAAAUGUCAUUUAUUAACCAAGUCUUACCAAUUUGGGGAUAAUUGUUACAGGGAUUAUUGUUUGGCCUCCUGAACUCUAUCAGAGAUAACAAUCUGACUAAUAAUAUGGCUGACUGUAGGCUGGUUUACUGUACUGUAGAUGAGUGGUUGGUUUCCUGAUCAAGUUGCUACAGGUUGUGGGUCAGAAUUCUGUUUUAUAAGCAGUCUGGCCAUUGUCCCUGUGCAUAGCAAGUUUCUUAGAACUGAAUGCACACUUUCUAGGGAAACUCUUCCUUUACAUACAAUAGCUGAGAAAGAAAACUUGUGCUACAUUCCCCGCCCCCCUCCUGCCUCAGAUGACAUCAUGUGUGCCUCACUGUGAGCUCUGAAGUAUACUACAGUUUACAGAAUUGAUCAAAAAAGCAGUGGAAACAUAGAGGGUUUUUUUGUUGUUGUUGUCCUUCUGAACCACCCCACUCACACCUUCCCAAAUUAGCAUCAACAGAUUAUGGUGGCUUUAAUAGUUGUGUGAACAGGUGUCACUUAAUCUUCUAAACCUGGAUUUUCCUUAUUUGGAAGAAGAGACUAGUAAUAUCCAUGUCAAAGUUGUUUGUAUAUUUUAACUUUCUAUGGAAAAUUUCAAACAUGGGAAGUAAAGUGACAGGACAGUGAACCCUCAUGUCUAUUAAUCCUACUUUAAUAAUUAUUAACUUAUGAUCAAGCUUGUUUCAUUCAUGCCUAUGCUCACUUACCCUACCCUGGUUAUCUUGAGAUUCUGGACCUUAAAUGACUUAAUCUGUAAACAUUUUGUAUUUAUAAAUAUGUUUAAAACAUUAUCAUUUGGUUUAUUCUUAGAACACUUCUUAUUUAGUAUCUAAGUAGAGUGGAAAUUAGUUCUACCCUUAAGAGGGAUCAGUAUAACUAGUAAUAUCAAAGAACACUCAAGAUGCUCAUAGACACAUCAUUUAUUCUCUGUAAUGUUGACUCAUGUCAUUUAGAGCAUUAUGUUUUCACGUUUUGGACAUUUUGCUGAUAGCUAUCUGUGUGUAGUCCAUUUCUGUUUCUGUUGGCAUUUUCUUUGGUUUUAUGGUGCCAUCUCUAAGCAGUGCUGAAUGUUUUGCAUGCAGCAUUGAUGAAGAUAAGACCUGCUUUUCACAAAAUAUAAUAAAAUAUGUUAAGAUAAUAAUCCUCUAUUAUCUCUGUGGUUUCUAUGGGUCAGGAAUUCAGGGGCUUCCUGGCUGACUGGUUUAUGUUCAUGGUUUCUCAUGAAGUUACCGAGUCUGCAGUCAUCUGAAGGUUUGAUUGUGGCCAGAUCAACCCUAAAUGUGACUCUCACAUGUCCACAGAGUUUACCCUGGCAAGUUGGCUCCUUCCCACUGGGCCUCGCCAUAGACAGAGUUCUCACAACUGAUGACUGAAUUUCUCAAGAGAGUAAAGUACAAGAGAAUAAAUUACACACUUUUUAUAACCUAGCCUCUGAAGAGACAGGAUCGCUUCUGCUAUAUUUUGUGGAUCACACAGGCCAGCUCUGAUUCAGCUUCAAAAUGAACUGUAGAAGCCAUAUACAUCAGAAGCCAUUUUGAAGGCUGGUUUUGGCAAUACUAGCACAUCUCUUCCUCCUCCUCCGUCUCUUCCUGUUUUUUCCCUCCUCUUUGCUAUCUUCUUUCUUUUUCCCCCCAGUACUGAAGAUUUAACCCAGAGCCUUUAUACUCAGUAACAUUUUUGUUUUUCUUUUUUUGUCUUUUUUGAGACGGGAUCUUGCUAUGCAGUUCAGGUUGGCCUUGAGCUUACUUUGUAGCCCAGGCUGGUCUCGAACUCGCAACGAUCCUCCCACCUUAGCCUCCCGAGUGCUGGGAUCAUACAUUUUUCAUUUUAAAAAGGUCUCCCUAAAUUGCUAAAUUGCCUAAGCUAGGCUCAAAAUUGUGAUUUUCCUGCUUCAGCUUCCCAGCAUACUGGGAUUAUAGGCGUGUGCUGCCAUACCUGCCUAAAAAUUAUUUUUUAAAAUAUCAACUAUCUAGUUGUUGUUUGAAUGUUCUGAAUUAUUUGCUUUGAUCACUGUCUAGGUAGACAAUUUGUCAUUAUGUCUCUCUUAGAUUCUUCUUUCCUUUUUUUCUUUUUGUUCCCAUGAAGUUUUUUGGUUGCAUACAUAGAGGUUUUCAAUGAAUAAAUGAAAUACUGUAUGUGUCUUAGUUACUUUUCUUGUUACUGAGAUAAAAUACCCAACAUCCAAAUUUAAACGUGCAAAGGUUUAUUUUGGCCCACAGCUUGUAGAGAUUUCAUUCCUAGCUGGCUGGCUCCCAGGCAGGGCGGCACAGCAGAGGAGCCCUGCAGAAGAGAAACAGUUCACGGCAAAGCAGGGUGGCCAGAGACAGCAGAGCGGUGAAGUAACAGAAGCAGCUUCUUUCUUCUGUUUAUUUUCCAUCCAAGCUGCCCAUCUUUUGGAUGAUGCCAUCCACAUCUAGGAUGGGGCACCUUUAAACCUGACAUAGCACCCUAAUCUAGCCACAUUCAAAACUCCCCACGUAUGACCACAUAAGACUUUGUGGGACAUCUAGAUACAAGCCAUAGAAGCAUGUACAGGAUGCAAACUUGCUGCUGGCCCAUAUGGUGAAUGUUUGUGGCUGAGAUAGGCUCUCCUUUUUCUUUCUAUUUUUUUUUUGUCAUUUUUUUCCUUUUUUUUUUAUUGGUACCGGGGAUUGAACUCACGACUGCCUGCUUGCAAGGCAGGUGCUUAUGCCGCUGAGCUAAAUCCCCAGCCCUAGGCCCUCCUUUUUCAAGAGAGGAUCAAGUUGGACAUGGUGAAAGGAAAUUUAAAAUUUUAAACAAAUACCUGCCAGAAAGCCUGCCAAGACCAAGUGAAUGUGGCAGAACAAACCUGAUAAUAGAACAUUCCUUUCUUUGUGUAAGCUUGUCUAACAGAUGGCCUUACAAUGUAACUUCAAAUGUUUCUUUGUAAAACCCAUUUUUACUGCCUUUGUCUACCACUGCCAAUGGCCUUGUAAUGUGACUUAAAAUGUAACAGGAUGUUUCUUCCACUGUAUAAGCCAUGCUUUGUAUAACUGAGAACUUUAUGAUUAUGAUGUAACCUGAAAUGUUUAAACUCCUUUAGCAACCGAUGAUGUCACCCAAACCUCCAAUCAUAUGUGCCGAAUUUGCCUUGUACCUCCCAGCUUACUUUGUUUGAAAGCCUUGAAACCCUGCCAGGAGAGGCUAUGACUCCUUUGGAGAAAUCCUACCCACAAGCCCACUGGUGUAAUAAACUGCCUUCUAAACAUU